AUGGCCGCAGUUCAGAGGAAUUCUUUGAAGGAGUCACGGCUGCAGACGCGCCUAGCUGCUCGGCAACAGCAAUUACUGGCCACCUUUCAGGAAAAUGUAGAGAAAUUUAGCAACGAGCUUCACACGGAGCAGCAACAGAAGUUAGAGAUGCUGAAGCAAAGCUUGCACGACAGUCACGAAAACUGUACUAAAAUGUUAGAACAGGAGUUACAACGUGCUGAGGCGCAUCGGGUGUUCCUCCAAAAGUACGAAGGGGAUUAUGCGCAAGCCACCACCUCCCCUACCACUGAAGGAGCUACAAUGGAACCCUUAAUCGACUGCUAUCACGGUGCCGGUGAAGGGUUCGCGGAAAGCAAAAAACGUAUGGCUGAAGAACGGUACCGACUUGUUAGCAUGGCAGUGACUUUACGCUACUCAUACCAGGAAAGGGUGGAAACCAUUAUCGGAUGUAACGAGGGUUUACAAGAGUGUGAAGAACGAUGCCGUACGUGGCUGCAGCAAGCCCUCUUCGAUGUUAUACUCUCUAUGGCUAAAAUUGGUUAUUCCAGUGUAUCGGCGUCACAGGUCCUGGCACAGCGGGUGAUUCACAGCAGCAACGAAAGUUUCUAUAGAACACAUGCAGCGUAUAAGACGCUUCUUCUUCAGCUACAAUCCCGAGAGCUGCUGAAACAGCGGGUGUAUGCUCGUCAGAUGGCGUUGCUGUACAACAACACCCUACAGAACAUGGAACGUAGCAGUUCGCUUUGGGCCGCGACGCUGCUGCACACAGAUUCGUUUCGUCGGCCGAAAUACCGCGAAAGUCUACUGCAACACAUGGGCAAGCUCAUCGCUGACAUGCACCGCGACGGCGUAGAGUUCCUCAAUAACAUCGGGUGCAUUUUGCAGUCGUUGAGGCGCGCCCGAGACCCACUGCCCAACGAGUGUGGGCAAACAUGCGGUGGCACUAUGCAUGACGGUUGGCUGCGCGGCUUUGACGGAGGGCUCUUCUCUCCCGUUUUCGUCCCGUCUGCACCUGAAGACGUAACUGUGGAGUGGCGGGUUAAAGCUAAUGUGUUGGUGCGUCAUGCCAUCGCUCAGGGAGUAUUGGUUAUGAAUGAGGUGCAAGAGGCGGAAGAGCAGCUGCGCCAGGGGGCAAAUGCGAUCUACACACAAUUGGCGCAGGUCCUGCGCUGGAUCCACGAGCCUGAUCCAGAAACAGGAGAAGCGCUCUCGUGGGCAACAGCAUCGCUGCAGGAACGGGAUGCAAUCUAUAUCCCAUUUACCACACUUAACUCUCCGCGGCUUUCUAAGUGUAUGGCCGCGAAUGAGGCACUUCUGACGCCAUUGCUGGUGGUUAUCCAAGCAGAAAGCGAUUGGUUUGUCACCACUGUAGACGAGGAACUCUGUAGGUGCCAGAACACGUUGGAAAGCAUUCUUCUUACAGAUUCCCACAGCGUGUUGCAAAUGUUUGACGGCGCAACGAAGAAACUAGGGCAAACAGUAGAAGCGGCUGUUGGUUUCACACGCUCUCAGCUUGUUACGCUAUAUGAGGCACGCAAGGACCACGAAGAUAACCUGCGCUACUUAGAAGAAGAGUUCACAAGUGCGCAAAUGGAUGUGCAAAUAGCCACCACGCCACAGGCGGCAGAAAAAUACUUCGUCGAGGGACUGAAAAUCUUAGACCGCAUUAAUGUGACGCACAGAACCUUCCACCGCAACACAGUCGAGGCGCUACAACAACUGGAAAGUGAAGGCGUGGCGGUGACGGAGCAGCAGUGUAAGGGGUUGCUACGACUCCUGGGAUUAGAGAGCGAAUCCACGCGGGCGCAACGCUUGAAGGAAGAACGUAUUGCCGCUGCAAUGGCGGCGGCCGAGGCGGCGGCGAAAAAAUCUCGUGGCAAAGAGGCAAAAACAUUUGAGGAAUUCUACGAAGAAAUGGAAGAGGCCGAGGAGGAGGCUGAGCAACCCAACUACCCAACCAUUGUUGCUGAUGACGGGGAGCUAUACCUUGUUGUCUCAGCCACACGCCUUGUGGAGCAUGGCCCGGGCGACGGACACGGGGAGCGCUCUGAGAGGUCGACUCCCCACUCCCGCACAUCAACUCCAAAGGGUCGUCUCAGAAAGACAUCGAAAAGUCAGAAGGCAAAAGUCAAUCAACAGUCGGCAACAAAGUUAUCCGGAAAUAAAAGACGCUUGCCGAUGCGGGCGGCGCGCCAACACGGACAUUCCGACAGCGAACCCCCUCCAGCACCGCAGCCGUCCACAUCACCUGCGUUCGUGGUGGCGUAUAGACAGUUGUUGGAUAGGGUGCUUCAGGAGCAGUUAAUUGCCGAGGAAGGUCAGCCAGGAGGUCAGUCUGAAGACACUAAUGCCACCGGCUCUUCUGGAAACGUAGUUAUCGUGCAAAGGGCACAACUGUCCACCGCCGCUGUGGACGAAUGGCGUGAAAUGCUUCGACGCGAAGUGCUUAACUGGACGGUGCAUCUGCGACAGGCAACCGCUGAGUAUCUUCGGAAGCAGUGCCUCGAGAAAAAAUUGGAGGUCGAUGCUGAGACAAAUGAGGCACUAAGACGCAACCGUCGACGACCAGCGGCACUGCAAGCUGGUACAUAUGAAUUGCGGGUGCGUGAGCUCCAGUGCACAAUCGAUUCGAUUGGGAAGCAAGGCGUGCGGAUAAGGCACAUGCACAAGCGGUUGCUAGAGUCGUGCCGCGCGGCUCUUAACACUGAAGAUGGCAGCCAAGACCCCUUUUCGCAGGACGACAGUGAAGUGGCCGAUGCUAAACUGUUCGCAGAGUUGGAGAAACUUCAGGGUAUGAUACCUGCUGCUACCUCCGUGGGAAUGCUCACAGGGCAGGAGCGUAUCUUUUCAAAUCUCAUUAGCACAGCACUGGAACAGCGGGAAGCACACUAUUCACGCACAAUAGGCGGUAUUGUUCAGCAGGGAGACGCUCUAGAACAGUCGAUCCGCUCAUAUCUCCGGAGUUUCGCCGUGACCCUUCCCGCCGAUAUUGAAGAGCUCCGUCUGGCCUCGCUAGCGGAGAAUGCAAAGAAGGAGGCAGAGCUUGCUGAGCUAGAAGCAAACGCUAAGGGUCAGAAAAAGGGAGGCGAUCGUCCAAAGAAAAAGAAAGGAGGGAAGAAAUCGGCUUCGAAGGAAGCGGUGGAGGAAAAGGCGAACAAAACGGAGGAUGAGGCAGCGGAUGGUGCACAAGGGGAGAAACCAAAUGAAAUGAUCGAGUUACUGCUUGAAGCCCUCAAUGAAAUAGAAAGGGUCAAACAAACCAUUGCCGAACGCAGAGAAAUACAAAUACAGCGCGUGGAGGAGGCGCGUGCCAGAUACAUGGCCGCGUUCCAACAAAAUAUUGGUGAAAUGGAAACAUUCUCCCAACUGCAGGAGCUUAUCGCGCGACUCAAGUUGCAGGUGCACUCACUAAUCGUUCAAUCAGAGGCGAAGGAAGCAAAGAUUGACUCCAUGCUAAAGGAACUGGAAGAAUUAACCGCGGAAGAACCCACUCUACCGGCAUUUACCAAUAAGCUAAAAGGUGUACUAAAUGGGGAGUGGGGCGAUCAAACAGAGCCCACAAGCAUGGGCAGCCGUGUAACGAGUGCGGAGGAAUUCAGGAGUAGUAGUCCGAAAGAGGGUGAGGUUGCCCAAGUUGAAAAGUUUGUAGAGGAUUCGAAGGCUGCGGAACAAGAAUUGCCCGGGUUGUUAUCCGCUGCUGUGGCAGAUUUGCAAAGUGAAGUCCGUGGUAGUGAAGUGGUGCGUAUCCUUAAGCUUCUUGACAAGAUGAGAACCAGACUGUACGCACGCGGCCGACUCCUCGAUUGUUUACAGAACGGUAUAGAGCUUUUUAAUGUACCCCAAGAUCGAUUUGUGGAAGCGCAGUCGGUCUCUCGAGCUGGAAUGGGGACAGACGAGGCGCGGGCUUCAAACGCCACUCCCUCACCCAACCAAACGCCGCCAGUGUCCCGACCGCAGCGGAGGUCACGAGCAAAUACCUCAGCCUUGAAGGGGCCGGAAUUGCAAUACCCGCCUCUGGAACUACCCGAAGUGAAACCCAUAGCAGUGCAGAUGCAAGAAUGGAAAGACGAAAUGAGGACACAGGCAACCUCUCUGCUAGAGCCCCAUUUUGCCUCCUUCCCACCACCGCUAUUGCGACGACUUCCUGGAAUGACAAAUGGUGAGAUAGAGGACGUCCUGUUAGUGUUGUACCAGCAAUUUGAUGGUUUGGAACAGCGCUCGCAGCAGCACGUGAAGCAGGCAGUUGGGACCUACCGGGAACAGAUUGAGCGCUUGAACUCCGUGCUGAAAAAGGUGCCCGCUCAUUUGGUCGCCUCCACGUACCAAGUUUCUGCGCGAGCGCUUGAGCGGCGCGUCAAAGUUAUAAUGGAAGUUUUUCUGAAGCUGCACGACAAGUCCAACGCACUACGCAGGAAACACGAAGGCUCCAUGCGGACAACCCUUGCAUCCAAUGCGAACUUUUCCAGAAUGCAUACUAUACGUGAUGCUGAGAACAUGCGGCAGGCUGAAGCACAAAGACUCAUCGAAAAUUUCUGGGUGCUUGUACAGCGUGAAGUGGAUGAAGAGGCUUCCAUGCAUUCUGGGCGGAACAUCAGCGUAAACAACAGUUUCUUUGCAAUAAUGCGCGGUAUUGUAACACCGCAGCACCUGAAGCCCCCCAGCGAGGAGCCGAAACACAAGGGGCUGCGCCGACUUUUGCAGCUCAAAGCGCAGUUAACGAUGCCUACGCCCAGGCGAGAGCGCAGGCUGCAGGAAACAAUGCCGCGGCAUGCACACAACGCAGGAAAGGGUGCUGCCAAUGCGGACGCCGCUGGAAAGUCAUCAGAGCCUCAGGACACCACCAAGGGGCCACUGCCGCUGCUGCAAAUUCCGGAUAAGGAAUAUAACUGCGUUAUUGCCGGUGAUAGUCAGAAACUGCAGCUAGCCGGGGGUGGGGUCCGCGUGUCGCCAGACACCACUACCAUUGCCAUCCAGGGGGCGGCUGGAACAUCAGCUAAACCGAAUCAAGCUGCAAUUAUGACGCCAUCAACAACGUCGGCGACGGGGUUAAGCGAAAAUGAACGUCAAGGGACUGUCUCAGUUACGAUUGUGGGUCCGGGAACUAAAUUGCACAAAGAGGCAGCGGAGCUUACGCUGCGGUCGGUGGAUCUCUUUAAUCAGCGGUCAGUAGGAGCUGGCGCUGUCAUCAAUGGUGCAUUCCGCAAGUGGACGGGGCAGGAGGAAAUGUGUUCAAAGGUGUGGAAGGCCUCGUUCGCGCGCUUCAGAAAAUCGGGUGGCUCAACAUCACUUUUUGGUUCUUCCCGCUGA